AUGGAAACCAUACCGCACAGACCAGGAGGUCAGAAACCCCAAGUAGAGAAGAACCAAACGCGUAUAUCAGCAGCGGAUACGCUGUCCGAAGGCCUAUCUAGCAUCCAGAGCACUCAGCUGCGGCCUCUCGCCCCUUCUCCUGCCCACCUCGACAUCGGCGGAUUCCCGCGGCCACAAGAAACGACGACUAUACCACUCGGUCUUUUUGGCGUGUCAAUCCUCAUUCCUCUGGGUGUCUUUCAACUCUCGAAUUCUUCACUACUUCAAUUGCACAGCAUGGGUGUCCCUUUUGAGGCUCUGAUCCCUUAUGGGAUCAUCGUCGGCAUGUUUGGCGUGACCGGCGUUGGUCUCACUGCCGUCAAGUGGCUCUCGAACGAUGGAAAGAAGGCCCGCUGGAACCGGGAUCUUUGGGACAGAUAUGUGACCUACCCAGCAACUGGCGAUUGA